ACAUCAGGACAGCUCGGACCGUGCAACGCUGCACCAGGUAUUAAGAUGGUUGAAGUACCAAAUGAGGACUUUGGUUGCAUGGGAGAGGUGCGAUUGGAAAGACUAUGGAAGAAGUGUAGGAUGGGUUACGGGAAUUGA